GAUAUCAAAUAUUCGACCUUGCACCUAUCAUUUGGUUCUAUUCCACACACCGUGAUAGUGUUAAACUUCCUCGGAUUAAUUCAAUUCUUGCCGAUUUUCAAGAAGCUGUAUGACACUAUCAUCUACCCAAGAUCUUUGACGCACCAAAAUCGAAAGGACCAUCUCUUAAGACUGUUCAAAAAGCUAUUGCGGAUGGAGAAAACUUUGGCGAUCAGAAAUAUUCGACUCUAUGUGUCGAAAAUUCGAGAUGGGAGAAGGUGGAUCAUUAUGCGUUUUGUCUCCUCAGACUUUGCUCUGGCAACGCUCAUGCGAGAAACGGUUUAUUUCGAGACAGGCAGAUGAGUAUCCCAGAGAAAGAGGUCAGACUCUGGAUGUGCAUGGUAGCAGCAACGGCGAGAGAAAAUCGUAACGUUGUCGCUGUUAAAAAGCGCAAAUCAGGAGACCAAUUCAUGCUCACCGAAGAUUCUCUACUCCAUGACCCAUCUUCAGUUAAUAUCUUUGGGAAUAACACACGAGGUGUUCUCAAUCAGCGCGCUUCUGCACACAAGGCUCAAAAGGACUCAAUCGGAGGCUCUCCACGUUCCUCCUCAGAAACUUUGCCAUCUCAGGUUUCUAGUCUUGCGGUUGGCGUUACUAAUAUCGCUUCAGUCCAUUGAAUCCGUUCGAUCUGACAACUUCUUUCGGGAAAUACUUGACCAUACAAGUAACAUUGAAAUUCUCAACUAUAAGAUGAAUUUGGAGAAGCUUGUCACUCAAGGCGAAGAAAAUGGAGAUUUGGACGCUGAAGAGAUGAUGGCCAAUUCUGCACUUCUGGACAAAGAAAUCAAUGCAGUCAGCCGCUCACAAUCACACAUUGCUUUUCAACCACCUACACCAACAACUCCCAGUGCCACAGCCACGCUAGAGGCCUUGUUAGACAAUCCAAACUACCAACCAGGUAACUACGAGGAUGCUUGCAAAUACUUCGGUUUCGACCCAGACCACCCUCGUUUCUCGACGAACAAGCCAUCGUUUUCAUUCCAGAGUUGGCAAGUGACUGGUAUGAGACAGGUGCUGAGAAUAUUGGAGAACCCUUUGGUCAAGGUUUGUAUCCUCGCAGAUGCUACUGGUCUUGGUAAGACAAUUACAAUCUGUGGAGUAUGGAUUUGGUUGGAGAUGUUGAGAGAAAAAGCUUGUGCACAAUACAUAUCCACCAAGCAAGAACACGAUCGACUUGAAAAGCUACACAAUGAUUGGAAUAUUGAAAAUGCUGAUCCUGAUCUCCAUCCAGCCGAAUCGCGCAGCUCAGAUAACGAGUCUCCCGGUCCUAUGUUGGUAGAUGACAAUCCACAUCAAGUACCCGAAGAACCACUCAAACCAGCACCUCCAAGGCUCAAGAUGCUUAUUUUGUUGCCUGAACUGAUCGAACAAUGGACAAUAGAGAUCAGAAACCCCAGUUCCGACUUCCAAGUAUACAUCUACCAUGGUGACGAACGCAAAUCUAGAUCUGAAACUCACAGAAAGAUCAUCGGAAAGCUCACACGUCGUCAUCCUAUAUUCAAUGGUGAAGAGCGUAACUCGAGAGUUGUUGCCAUUACCACCUUAGUCACACUGAGAAAUCGUCAUGGACCGACGGCCUUGAAAAAUUUCCGGCUUACUAGAAAGUACCUCACUGAACAACAAGCCAAAGAUUGUUUGACAAUUAAUGAUCCUGACUGGGAGUUCAACUUGGCAGGCCUGUUUGAGCAUAUCACCGUUGACGAAGCUCACAUUUUAAAGAAUGCUGACACCAUACCUCAUACUUCAGUGAAUUAGCUCGAACCAACCUUCCAGAUACAAGCAACUGCCACAGUCUUGUCUAAUCGUAUCGAAGAUUUUGGAGGUUACAUGAAGUUCAUUGAAGAAUACAAGAAUACGUGGAUCCAUGAAAAUUUGACCAGAUGGGGUUUGACAGAUGGAGGCAAUUUCAAUCAAUUCACUUUGGCAGAUCAUUUAGGUGCUGCAUUACUCCUUAAAAAGCGAUGGAACGAUGGUGUCACAGGUUCAAUAGCAUAGUCUUGUGGAUGCCUUAGGCAUCUACGCCCUAUAUAGUCGGCGCUCAUCCAGCGCCUUCUUCCAUCCCUGUAGAAUAUCAUACAUCUUACCUAGGACCUAUCCCUCGCACCGUGAUAGAUGGAUUACUGACUCUAAGAAAAACAACAGAGAUUCUAAAUAUAAUCUAUCGAAGAUA